AUCGAUAUGUGAAAUAUCGAACUCGAAAAGGAAGCUUUUAAAGGAAAAGAAAACCAAGUAUGGAGAGCAAGCGGUAGAUUUUCUUCGAAUUCAACCUCACAAAGUAGCGGUUUUCUAAAGAGAAGGGGAUAUCCCUGGGGAUUGUUCUAAUAGUAGAUUGUUCAUCUGGAACCUACCCUCAAUUGAUCUGGAAACGGGAACAGUGUGAGGAUGGAUCCUGCUCUACUGAGGGAGAGAGAGCUGUUCAAGAAAAGAGCUCUCUCUACUCCUGCUGUAGAGAAAAGAAAGACAACAUCUGAAUCUGCAUCACACAAGAAGAAAAAGACCAAAGGUGACAAAGAGAGCUCCUCAGGAUCCAGACACAGCACCGAGUCGACUAAUGGCAGCUUCAACAUCAAGACAAGCUCCGGGUAUAAAUUCGGCUGCUUGGCAAAGAUAGUCAAUUAUAUGAAGACCAGGCAUCAAAACGGGGACACACACUUCCUAACCAUUGAUGAGAUCCUGGACGAGACCAAGCUUCUUGACAUCGGCAUUAAACAGAAACAGUGGCUCAUCACUGAGGCGCUGGUUAACAAUCCAAAAAUCGAGGUACGGGAUGCAACAUACGGCUUUAAGCCCAAGUACAACUUGAAGGACAAGAAAGCCUUACUGAGGCUGCUGGACAAACAUGACCAACUGGGUCUGGGAGGAGUGCUGCUGGACGACGUGGAGGAGGGGCUGCCAAACUCCGCCAAGGCCAUUAAGGCGUUGGGAGAUCAGAUCAUCUUUGUGACCAGACCAGAUAAGAAGAAGAUUCUCUUCUACAAUGACAAGCACUGCCAGUUUGCAGUAGAUGAAGAAUUCCAGAAACUGUGGAGGAGUGUUCCAGUCGACUCCAUAGAUGAUGAAAAGAUCGAGGAGUACCUGAAGAAGCAGGGCAUCAGUUCAAUGCAGGAAACGGGACCAAAGAAAGUAUUACAUGUUCAAAAGAAGAAGAAGCAAGGUGGGCAGAGGAAGAGACAACUCGUCCACAACAACCAUUUGGCCGGAGUGCUGGAGGAUUAUACAGAUGGUGUUCCUGGGAAAAAAUGAAUUCCCCGACCACGGUGCCGAAUACGUACAGCACAGCCGAUAGUCUGUAGCUCAGAUGACAGCGGGGACUCUGCCCUUAGAUUCCUUUUCCAUGAUUGUGUUAUUUCAAAAACACUUUUUUUUCCCUUUUCUCUGCAAUCCUCCGUCAUCAAUGGCAGUGUUUUACUGACGAGUGUUUACCACCUACGAUGUGAAUUUCUUUUUAGACUCUGUCCAUUUAUGAGGAGGUGCUGCUACCUUACAGUUAACAUGUAAAUGAGUAAAUGGUGUAAAUACUUUCUUUUCCUUUGUAUUUAAUAUCACAGAUACAGAGUGUGUGUGUGUGUUUGGGAGGUUGGACAUUUACGGAUCACAAGCUGAGGACAACUUCCUCAUGGAUGAGGGAUAUUUGAGUUGUGACCUCUGACCUGCUGUGUGUUACGCUGAUCCCUCAACAAGCCUGGAACUCUUUCACUAUAAAAUGAACUUAAAUGUUUAUUUUAAUUCAAUUCAUUUGCAGGCUGGUUAGAAAUACAAGAACUUUGAGAAAAUGUUUUAAUAAACAACCCUGUUACACCAAAUAUGUGCCAAUGCUCUACAGAACUAGCACCGUGUGACACUUGACUCAGUAACAGAAAUAAAGCAGAUCCACCAUUGCUUGAUCUUAUGCACCACUGCCAGAAAGCUGCAGUCUUUAGUUAUUCACUUCGCAUUUGACACUUACACGACAACAAUGAGGUAAAAAAUAAAUUAUUAAUUUAUUCAGCAGUCUUACUGGUUAGUUUUGAAUGGUUAAAAGAUGCAUCCACCAGAAAACUGUUAAUCUAGAUCAGAGUCACCUGAAGAUGAUUUUAUUUUAUUUUUUUAUUGCAACAAUGUGUGUUGUCCAACAUUGUUGUUAACAGGCGUAAAAUAAGGUGUAAAAAGGAAAAGAAAAAAAUG